AUGAUGAAAUAGGGUGAAGAAUCAUUAUAUGUAGCAAUCUUAUUUUCAAUUGUUUAAUUAUUACAGUUAACAUAUUUGGCUUUUGGAUCUAAAAUAUCAUAUGUAUGGAAUAAUUAACAAGCAGCAACAGAUCUUAGUAAAAUUCUAUCGUAAUAAUUUAAAUAUAUUAUAAGUUAUUUUGUUAUUAGUGCUCACUUAAGAUAAUAAAAAUUAGAGCUUUAUUUAGCAAUUUUUUACACUUUCUUUGGAUUAGUAAUUUUAUCUAUUGCAUUAUUCAUAAUAUUUGCAUUUGCAUUUAAGGUUGCUGUACUUCCAUUAUUAAUAUUGAAAUCAUUGUUAAAGUUAUUUCUGACUAUAGGAUUUCUCCCUAUUAUGCUUUUAUUUUUUGGAGUACAAUAUUCAUUUUUACAUAUAAUAGAUUCUUUCUUGUAAAGUUAAUAGUGAUGGUGUUGAGAUUUGGUCUUAUAAUGCAGAUGUUGAAUGUUGGGGGAAUGAUCACUAUAUUCAUGCUAUAUUUGCAAUCAUUGGCAUCCUUCUAUUUCAGAUAUUAACUAGCACAACAUGUUUAAUAUAUUUUGAGAGUAAAUGUGUUUAUGGAAAUGCUUAUGCAUAAAGAUCAGGAAGACCAUUUUCAUAUUAUCACAUUAAUGUUUUUAUCAUUAUAAUGUCAUACUAAUUACUUGAAACACCAAGAUUUAGCUCUUUGUUUUUAACUAUAUUCACAAUAUCAAGUUUUUUUUUAUUUUAUUAAAUUCAUACAGAAAAGCCUUUUUAUAAUAAAGUUGUAUAAAAAUUAUGGUCUAUAAUUACAGCAUUGAAUAUGUGGACUUCUAUUAUGUUAAUAUUUGCUUAUCUUUUAGAAGGUCAAUAUUUUAGAGAUGUUAUUUGGGGUUGGGUGGGUGGUAUACCAUUAAUUAUUAUGAUUAUAAUAAAUGAACAAUUAUUUGAAGUAGAUUUAUUGAGUUCUAAUAUCAAUAGAGCAACAUCAGGAUAAUAAAUAAUUAUUUUAUGUGAAUAUUUAUUAUAAUUAUUGGAUAAGAAUGAUUAACAUUCAUUAUUAAUGUUAGAUGGAUUUAUAGAAAUACAUAAACAAACAUGUUAUAGAAAUGAUUGUAUAUUAAAAGCAAAAAAGAGUUUAAAUGAUAAAAAUAAACAUGCUACUCUUUAGGAUAUAGAAAGAUAUACUGUAUUUAUAGAAUUGAUUAGUUAAAUCUAUUAUGAUGGUAUUAAACAGUUUCCAUAAGAUGUUUUUUUAAGAUUAAAUUAUUCAUAUUUUUUAAUUGACAGACUAAAGUUAAAAUAAUAAGCUUUGAGUGAAUUACAAUAAGCAGAAACUAGUGGUCCAAGUUUUGAUCAUGAAUUUAUUAUAUAUAGAUAUAAACGAAUAAUGGAAGAUGAUUUAUAAGAAUAAUAAUAAGAGAAUUUAAAUUAAGUUGAUUUAGUUACUGAAAUAGCUUUUUAAACUUAAAGCAAAUAAUUGAUAUAAUAAAUAGAGAAAACAUCUUUAAUAUAUAUUGAUUUUUGGGCAUAAUUAUAAGAGGAGAUUCCAGAUAUUGGUAGAAUUAAUAAUUUAGGAUUUAAGAUUUUAGAUUCUGUAAAUUUAGUUUAAGAAUAAUGGAAUAGAUUAAAAAGAUUAAAUUAAAAAGCAUCUAAAUUAAAUCGUUUAAUGGGUAAAUAUUAUUCAUAAAUAAUGAAUGAUGAAGAAAUGGGAUUAAAGUUGAUUUAAUAAAGUCGUAUGAAUUAGAAUGAUAAAUUUAAAGCAAUUGAUUUAGAAGAAAUAUAAAAUGAAUCAUUACCUACAAUAACAAUAUUGACUGAUGUUGAUAAAAUUGGAACUAUUAGUAAUUUAAAUAAAGCAGCAUGUAGUUUAUUAGGAUAUGCUAAAACUGAUUUAGUGAAUAGAAAAUUAAAUUUAAUAUAACCAGAUCUGUAUUAAUAAAUAUUAUAUAAAUAGUUUCUCAAAAUAUCAUGAUCAUUUUCUUGAGAAUUUUCUAGAAAAAUUUCAAGAUAAUAACCAAAAUUAUUAGGUUAAAGAGAAAUCUAUUUAUGUUAAAAAUAAGUAAGGUUACAUUAUACCUUGUCAAUUAAAUAUAAGAAUGAUAUAAACUAUUAAUUCAGGUGUUUUUAUGUGUGGAACAAUCAAAUAAGAUAUAUAUCAUAAACCUGUAAGCAUAUUUUUAUGUUAAACAAAUGGUAUUAUAGAAAAUAUAAAUUCAACUUGUAUUAGAAUGUUUGGAUUGGAAUUAAAAUCAAUUACUAUUAAACCUAUUAAUAUAAUAGAUAUCUUUUCUGAUAUAUUUGAUCGUAAAGAAGAAUUGUUAUAAAAAGCAGGUGGUGUAGUUAGUUAUAUAAUUGGAACUAGAUCAUCAAAGACCAAUACAUCUCAUAAUUCUUUACAAGAUUUAGAAAUAGAUCAUUCAUAAAUACUUGAUAAUCAAAAUAAAUAACAAGUAUUAUUUUAAUGUUUCCUUCAAGAAAUUAAAUUUUAAUGCAUAGAAGAUGAAAUUAUUUAAAAUAAGCUAUAAGGGUAUAUUAUAAAAUUAGAAAAAAUUAAAUCAUAGGAGAAAAGUUAAUUAUAUACAAAAAAUAAGACUAUUUAAAAUCAAUUUUAAUUUAAAUUUAAUUGUUAAAAUUUAACUUAUUUAUUGGAAUUUGGAAAUGGAUUAGAUUCUUAAGAUCCUACUGUUAAAAUAGAUUAAAGUAUCAUAUGGGAAGAUCAAACAAAAAUAUCUUAAUAAAUUAUUAUUGAUCCCCAAGUUUAAGGUAGUGAUAGUUAAACAAAUUAUGGAGAAGGAAUAAAAAUUGUUAGAUUAAUUGGAGAUCGAAUUGUUGAAAUAGAAGAAUCUAAAUCUGAUGAAUAUGAAGAUGAUAAUAUGUAGAGUCUAUUUUAAUAGAAUGACAAUAAUGAAGAUGAUCAAAAGAAUGAAAAAGAUACCAUAAAUUUAUAUAGAUCAAAAAGUCAAUUAGAGUAAUUAUUAUCUCAAUCUAAAAUACCAAGAACUGCAAUCAAUUUUAGAAUUUUUAUAAAUAUAAUGACAUUAGUUUUGGUAUUAAUAACUUUCUUAGAAUAUUUUAUUAACUCUGAUUUCAAUUAAAAUCUAUUGGAUUCUUUACCUUUAGUUUCAUAAAAUAAUUAAAGAUCAAGUACUUUAAUGGGAAUCUAAUCAGUCAUACAAGAUUUAAAAGCUCUACAUUAUGAUUAAUAUCCAUUAUUAAAAGAUCCUUAGAUGGGGUAUAUAAAAGUUGAAUAAUAAUUUAGAGGAUGGUUGGAUAAGGAAUUGCAAUAAUUAAUUUAAUUAUAAAAAUAAUUGACUUUGGUUUCUGCUGAAAUUGGUAAAGAUUAUAAAUGGGUAGAAGAUUAUUAUGAAAUGUAAAUUGUUGAAAUGGCAUCUUUGGAAGGAGGAACUUAGAAUUACACUUUUAAUGAAGCAUUAUAAUCUUCAAUUGCAAAAGCAUUGUAAAUCAAUAGUACCUCUUUAGAUAAGAUUAAUGAUCAAAAUGGUGAUGUAUUUUAUAUUGAAUAUAAUGUUUUCAAUUCUUUAACAUAAACUUUAACUAUACCAGCUGAAUAUUUUAAAUACAAUAUAAUAUCAAGAGGAGAAUCAUUAGAAACUUCAGUAACUGCAUUUCUAACUACAGCAUCUAUCAUAUUAUUUUUUUAGUAUUUCAUUUAAUUAUACUAGAAUAUGCUUUAUUAUUUUAUUCAUUAUUAAGAUCUAAGUAGUUAAUUAAGCAGCUUUACAAUUAUUUUUAGAUUUAAAUGAAAAAAAAAUUAAAUCUAUAUAUGUAAAGUGUGAGAAUUUUAUUACGAGUCUUUAAGUAGGUGAUGAUGAUGAUGAUGAUGUAAUCAUUACAAUUAUUAAAUAUUAUAGUUUAUCUCAGAUAAUGAUGAAAAGGAUGAAGAAAAUGAAAAUAAAGAAAAAGAAGAAGGAGAUCAUUUAUUAAAUGGAAGAAAAAAGAGAAAGAAGUUUAGAAAUUCCAAUUAAAAUUAUAAGCAUUUAAUACUUGCCUUGUUUUUAGUCAUUGUUAUCAUGGCAGCCUAUUUCAUUUUUUUAUUUGUUUUAGUUUAGGUAAUUUGUAUUAUUAUUAAUUUAGUCUGAAACAUCCAAUAUCAUAAAGUUAAUACCUGUUUUUAAUUAGACUUCUUUCUCAGAGUGCUAUUACAGGUAUUCUGAUAAUGCCUUAAGAAAAUCAUUAGAAGUUGAGAAAUAUACUUUUGUUGGCAAUUCCUCAGUUGAAGUUCUGAACUUUUUGAUUACUGAACUAUAUAACUUGGAUGCAGCCAUACAUUAAAUCCAUUCUUCCAAUUCAGACAUUUUAAAUUCAGACUACUUAGAUGUAAAAAUAAAUUGAAAUACUUGUAGGUAUUCAAUAAUAUCUUCAUUUUAACUCCUUGUGAUUAUAUUGUACAAAUCGAUAAAGAAAUCAAUUAUGAUAUUUGUUUAAACUUUAAUGAUGGAGUCUUGUAAUAAGGAUUAUCUAUUGGAAUGGCCAAAUACUUCGAAAGUUUUAGGUAAGUUUUAAACUCUUAUAAUCAAUUCAAUGAGUCUAAUGAUUAUUAAUUAGUUUACAAUAUUUCUGAAAAUAAGAGGACUAACUAUAUGAUGAAUUAAAUUAAUACUAAUUAAGCUUACAAUAUGAGAUUGAUGUAAGAAAGAUAUAUCAAAGCUGCUUAUUAAUAUAUAAGUUAAGCCUUAAUUGACUCUGUGAAGAAAAAUGCAUAAAAUAAUAAAAACUUAAAAGUAAUACUUUUUAUUAGUUUCAAUAUAUUCCUAUUUUUCAUAUACUUUUUUGUAUGGAUUCCUCUUGUAUUUCGUAUUUUGAGUGAUAUGCUCAAGAAUCGAUUAAUGUUAACAAUAAUUCCAUUAUAAAUAAUCCAUAAAACUGCAUCAAUAAGACAAUAUAUAAGAAAAAUUAUUAAUCAUUGA